CCCCAAUGCCCUCCCCAAUGCCUGCAGAUGAAGGAAUGCCCUGCUGGCAAGACACUUUGAAGAUGAAACAUGCUGACUCCCGCUACAGCCCAAGGCUGACAUCCUUUACAAAGAAGAGGGUGCAGGCCACUCCACCAUUAAAGCACAUUCUGGACAGGCGUUGGACCCGGCUAACCACCCAAGCCCAUAAAGCGAAAAUUGCCCCAACACGGUCUUCAAGCCAAGCCCCUUCGGAAUCUGCGCAUAAAUAGGGCUGCGGUGCCCUGAGGAGCAGAUUGGAGUUUCCACCAGGACUCCAGGUCCCCUAUCCUCUCCUCUGCAACCCAAACGGCCAGGAGCACCAUGACCUGCGGAUCAGGAUUUGGCGGCCGCGCCUUCAGCUGCAUCUCUGCCUGCGGGCCCCGGCCCGGCCGCUGCUGCAUCACCGCCGCCCCCUACCGCGGCAUCUCCUGCUACCGCGGCCUCACCGGGGGCUUCGGCAGCCACAGCGUGUGCGGGGGCUUCCGCGCCGGCUCCUGCGGACGCAGCUUCGGCUACCGCUCCGGGGGCGUGUGCGGACCCAGCCCCCCCUGCAUCACCACGGUGUCGGUCAACGAGAGCCUCCUCACACCUCUCAACCUGGAGAUCGACCCCAACGCGCAGUGCGUGAAGCAGGAGGAGAAGGAGCAGAUCAAGUGCCUCAACAGCAGGUUCGCAGCCUUCAUCGACAAGGUGCGCUUCCUGGAGCAGCAGAACAAGCUUCUGGAGACCAAGCUGCAGUUCUUCCAGAACCGCGAGUGCUGCCAGAGCAACCUGGAGCCCUUGUUUGAGGGCUACAUUGAGACUCUGCGGCGGGAGGCCGAGUGUGUGGAGGCUGACAGUGGGAGGCUGUCCUCAGAGCUCAACCACGUGCAGGAGGUGCUGGAGGGCUACAAGAAGAAGUAUGAGGAGGAGGUUUCUCUGAGAGCAACAGCUGAGAAUGAGUUUGUGGCUCUGAAGAAGGAUGUGGACUGUGCCUACCUCCGCAAGUCAGACCUGGAGGCCAACGUGGAGGCCCUGAUCCAGGAGAUCGACUUCCUGAGGCGACUGUAUGAGGAGGAGAUCCGCGUUCUCCAAUCCCACAUCUCAGACACCUCCGUGGUCGUCAAGCUGGACAACAGCCGGGACCUGAACAUGGACUGCAUUGUCGCUGAGAUCAAGGCACAGUACGAUGACAUUGUCACCCGCAGCCGGGCUGAAGCCGAGUCCUGGUACCGCAGCAAGUGCGAGGAGAUGAAGGCCACGGUGAUCAGGCACGGGGAGACCCUGCGCCGCACCAAGGAAGAGAUCAACGAGCUGAACCGCAUGAUCCAGAGGCUGACGGCCGAGGUGGAGAACGCCAAGUGCCAGAACUCCAAGCUGGAAGCUGCAGUGGCCCAGUCUGAGCAGCAGGGUGAGGCGGCCCUCAGUGACGCCCGCUGCAAGCUGGCCGAGCUGGAGGCCGCCCUGCAGAAGGCCAAGCAGGACAUGGCCUGCCUGAUCAGGGAGUACCAGGAGGUCAUGAACUCCAAGCUGGGCCUGGACAUCGAGAUCGCCACCUACAGGCGCCUGCUGGAGGGCGAGGAGCAGAGGCUGUGUGAAGGUGUUGGGGCUGUGAAUGUCUGUGUCAGCAGCUCCCGGGGUGGGGUCGUGUGCGGGGACCUCUGUGUGACAGGCUCCCGGCCAGUGACUGGCAGCGUCUGCAGCGCUCCGUGCAGCGGGAACGUGGCGGUGAGCACCGGCCUGUGUGCGCCCUGCGGCCAGUUGAACACCACCUGCAGAGGGGGUUCCUGUGGCGUGGGCUCCUGUGGAAUCAGCUCCUUGGGUGUGGGGUCCUGCAGCAGCAGCUGCCGGAAAUGUUAGGCACCCCAAUUCAAGCCCCAGACCCCAGGUAUCUUUCCUGCCCUGCCUUGCUCAGUCCAUACAGCCCAAGCGCCUGGACCAAGUGCUCAGCUAUUGCUCCUGCCCUUUGAAAGACCCCUCCCACUCCUGGCCUCUCAUUGCUUUGUGUGAUUCCCCCACUUCUGGGCUCUACCACCCCACACCGGGAAAGACUACCCUAGAAAGAAGUCCCCUGGCACCCACAAGAGGAGCAGGGAGAGCCAGGACCAGAACCUCGCCGGUGGCCACUUCCUUCCUGCCUCUCCCCUUCCUCCUCUGCCCUGUUUAUCUCUGUCUUGAUCUGUGUUUCAAUAAAUGAAUGUAGCCAA